GUUAGUGCAGAAUUAAGCUCAUCCCAAGAUGAAAGCAUUCACUCCAAUCAUCACCAUCUUGGCCGGCAUCCUUAUCCUGCAACUGAUUCCCAGCAUCGAGGGCCAGAACCAAGCCUUCGACCUGGCUAAGCUGAUCCCGAAGAGCGGCUCGGAACCCAUCUGGACUGUGAUCAAUCGGAAUCUGCCGCAGGUGCAGGAAAUGAUCAAUGCGGCCCGCAAGGAGUGCAUCCAGCAGCUGGGGCUGCCCAAGGAUCAGCGACCGCUAAUGCACGUGGCCAACCCCACCGCCAAGGAAAAGUGUCUGGUUGAGUGUGUGCUGAAAAAGAUCAAGCUGAUGGACGGAAACAACAAGCUCAACGUAGGCCAGGUGGAGAAGCUGACCAGUUUGGUGACCCAGGACAACAAGGUCGCCAUCGCUCUAAGCUGUGGCAUGGCCCAGACCUGUAACAGGGUUAUUAAUGCCAAGGAUUCCUGCGAGGCCGCCCAUCUGUUUAAUCAGUGCAUCGGCCGCCAGCUGGACCGCAACAGCGUGAAGCUGGUCUGGUAGAGAAUUGUACGGGAUGUAAUGGGGUAACACAUAUGACCCAAAGAGGUCAGGCCUUGAACUAUAUUUAACAUAUUUUGAAACUAGACCAUAUAAUCUUAAUGAUGAUGCCUCUAACUUAACUGACCAGAACUUAGAGGAUUUGCACGAUUAAUUAUAAACUAUAUAAAUAAA